AACACAGUGUUUCGUUUUUCCUCUUUCUCUCAUAUCUUAGCGUUUGUAGAAAAAAACACACCAAGUUGGCUCACCGUUCACGUCAGCAUAGCCACCCCUAAUCAGCAAGCUAUUUUCCGGUCACCGGAGCUCCGAUCUCCGACCACCGUUAGUUCAGGCUGAGUGCAAGAUGUCUGCUGGACUAGAUGGAGUCCUAGGUCGACCCAAGGCAGAGUGGACACCAUCACGUGAUGCCUAUUUGGUUGAGCUUUUCAUUGAGCAACACAAUCUUGGGAGGACUGCGUACAAUGAAUAUAAAAAUGAAGUAAUUAGGUCUGUUACACGUGACUUCAAUAAGAAGUUUGGCAUGAAUUUGGAAGAGAACCAGAUAAAAAACCGCUACAAUGUGAUGAAGAAAGAUUAUGGUGUUGUUAAAGCCUUGCUUGGUAAUACAGGGUUUGGUUGGGAUGAAACUCGACAAAUGGUUGUGGCUGAUGAUAAAGUUUGGGAUAGCUAUAUUAUGGUACGAAGUGAAGCAAGACCUUUUCGAAGAAAGAGCUUUCCUCUUUAUAAACAAAUGUCAAUCAUUUUUGAAGGAGAAAAAGCUAAUGGCAAGUACCAAUUUCCAAGUGGAGUACCUGUGCCAACAGAAGAAGGAAAUAGCAACACAGAAACUGUGCGAUCUUCAGAGCCCACUAACCUGCCUACUCAAAUAGUCGAUGGCACUCUUGAUUCUGAUUCAAUAGUCCGUAUAAAUAACACACAACCCAAGAAGCGCAAAUCUUUUGCUCCAACAGCAUCAGGUCAUAAGAAGAGAGCAUAUGCCUAUAAAGUUGGGGAGACGAUUGAAAAUGCUCUAUAUGAGAUAUUCUCAGCAACAAAGUUCAAAGCUAUGCAAAGGAAUGAAUGCAAUGAGAAAACAAUGUAUCAAAAGUGCCUGGAGGACUUGCAGAAGUUGGAAGAGUUGGAUGACACUGAGUUUACAAAGGCUGUUAAUGUUCUUAGGGAUGAUAAAAAUGCAAUUGCAUUCAUGACAAUAAAGGGACCUCGAAGAUUAACCUGGUUGAGGUCUCUAUGGCAAGCAUAGUUACAAUUGUAAUUGCAGAUUCUUUAAUCCCUCCUUAAAAAUCUUACACUUCUAGGACACAAAUUUACUAGACUGUUGUAUUUUCUUUUUGUUGAAGAAGUUUUUAUAUUUUCCAUCA